UUCCACACAACGCAGUUGCAUUUAAAAAAUGUCAGCAAACCAAAAAUCAGGAGGGAGAAUCGAACUUCAUCACUCUUGAAUGGCUAUGGCUUCCUCAUCUCUUCGCCCGCUCCACCGCCCCGUCCUCCCUAAAUACUCCUACCUAUCUCGCAAUCACCGACUUCGUCUUCCUCUGAGUCCUCUCCGCUAUUCAUCACCGCUCCACGUCGCCUCCGCAGUCCACGUCGCCUCCGCAGUUCUUGCGAGCUCUGCCGUUGCCGUAGAACGGGAUUCAACCACUCCACACAAACACAACUUGGAAGUUGACUUAUUUGCUUGCCCAGUAUGUUAUGAACCACUAAUAAGAAAAGGUCCUCCAGGUAUUAACUUGCCAGCAAUCUACAGGUCUGGUUUCAAGUGUGUGAAAUGCAACAAGUCAUACUCCAGCAAAGACAUGUAUCUGGAUCUCACUGUUACUGCUGGAUCAAAGGACUACACUGAAUUGAAACCUGCUGGCACUGAGCUAUUCCGGAGUCCACUUGUUUCUUUCUUGUAUGAACGAGGCUGGCGUCAAAAUUUUAAUCGAAGUGGCUUUCCUGGUCCUGAUGAAGAGUUCAAAAUGGCUCAAGAGUAUUUCAAACCUGCAGAAGGUGGCCUUCUGGUAGAUGUUAGCUGUGGAAGUGGUUUGUUUUCUAGAAAAUUUGCAAAAUCUGAUACCUAUUCUGGUGUUAUUGCUCUUGAUUUUUCUGAAAAUAUGCUGCGCCAAUGUUACGAAUUCAUUAAAAGAGAGGAAGCAAUUUUGACAACCAAUAUUGCUCUUGUGAGGGCAGAUGUUUCGAGGCUUCCCUUCUCGUCAGGUUCAGUUGAUGCAGUCCAUGCUGGUGCAGCUUUGCAUUGCUGGCCAUCUCCUUCUGGUGCAAUUUUGAAAGCUUUGAGGUUAGAGCGUUGUAUCCGGCAAGAAUCCGAUAUUUCUAAAGCCUCGCUCGCCGAUCGAUUUGCAAUUAUAAUAAUAAUCAGGUUAUAUUGUUUCAAUAUAUUACUUCUAUAGAUUUAUUAAAUUUAUUUUUAUUUGUUUACAUAAUUUGUCAAUUUAUAGUUAGUGUUAAUUUUGAAAUUUAAUUAUGUCAACGAGAAAAUAUGAAUCCGGAUAUGAAAAACGAAGAAAGAAAAAAAAAUAUUAAACAAAAUAUUAAGGGUCCCUGAUUAAAUCUCGCAUAGGGCCCCAUAUUGUGAAGAGCCGGCCCUGCUUCAGCCCCCACUUCACUGCAAAGAAAGCACAUUUCUAAAGCACUGCCUGGUCCUUUGUCCUUCCAAAACCUACAAAUGAAAUUGCCAAAAAAAUCCUCCACUGUCUCUGGACAAACACAACACUCUCCCAAAAAACCAAAUAGCUAACUCCACACCCUCCAUGCAAAAUCACACUGCAUAAGAGAUGAGAUCCAGAUUGUGAAUAGUUGAAUAAAGCACACAACAUUUGGAGAGAGUGCUUUUAUUGGUCUCCUAAUCUAUACCAAGUUUUUGGUAUUGGUUCUAUUAAGCACAACCAACCAAAUAAAUGCGUUGAAUUUUAGGGGGACUUUGGCCUUCCAAAUAGAAUUUUAGAGAAGGAAAGAAGAGUCAAAACAAGUCAAAAAUUCGCGAAAAGAUUUGCAACAAUACAGCCCUGAAAGAUCCAAGGACUAGGAACAAUAUCCACUCCCAAAGAAACGAGACAAUUAUUCAACAAAACUAACAAAGAGGAUAACUCUUCCACCUCUUUAUCAUUUAGUGUCAUGGAAAGAACAGUAAAGGUUAUUAGAGGAUACAAAGAGAGCAUGGAUAUGGAGAUAAAAAUGAGUUUGGUGAUAUUAUCUUAGACUUUGCCAUGUCAUAUAAUCUUAUAACAAUGAAUGCUUUGAAAAGAGAGAAGAAUAACCUUCAAGAGUGGACAAAAAUAAAAGACAAAUAUAUUUUUUCUUAAUUAGGAGGGUAGAUCGUUUAUUAUGUAAGGAUUGUAAAAGUCAUCCAAUGAAAGCUUAACUACACGACAUAGAGUUCUAGAUAUACGUAUGACAAAAUGGAAGAGAAAAGUUACAUAAAUCAAUGCAAGAGUACUAGGUGAUGGAACAUAAAGGGUGAAAAUGUAAUAAAAUUUAAAGGUAGAAUGAUCAAAGAUGGUGACUGAACAAUAGGGGAUAGUGUAGUCCCAAACACUCUUGAAUAGGAUAGUUCACUCUAUCAAAAAGAUAGAAGAGAGAUUGUAGGCUCAUAUCCAAUCCACUUGUUAAACGAGUCAAAUAUGGAUUACAUUUGGCUCUUUGACUAUCAACCUAAUCUGCUCGGAUUAUCUGACCUGAUCCACUUUGCAAGGCUUAUGGUGGACAUUGUGAUGUUACGUAUUAAAAUACUACAAUUGAUUAUAGAGAGUUUCAUGUUUUAAAGUUAUUGAUGAAUGUUCAUUGGUCAAUUUUGUUUAAGAAUUAAUCUUAAAAAUAUUUAUGCCUUUUAUAUUUAAAUUCAUAUGGAAAAUUACAUUUUAAAUUGUGAUUUUUUUUUUCAUUUUUUUGAGAAUUACAUGUUAAAAAUAGUUAUGUUUUCUAAUUCAAAUUUAGAUGGAUUUUACAUUUAUUAUUGCAAGAAUAGUUAUGUUUUCUAUUUAGUAAAUCUUUUAUAAUUUUUGAGAAUUACAUGUUAAAAAUAAUUAUGUUUUCUAUUUAAAUUUAGAUGCGUUUUACAUUUAUGAUUGUAGUUUUAAGCAUAGUUAUGUUUUCUAUUUAGUAAAUAUUUCACAAUUUACCAAAUUAUAAAUUCAAAAGCAACUUCACUUAUGAAAUAAGUUAUCCACCUAAUCUGGAAAAUUUUUUUCUUAGGAAUGUCCAAUUAUCCACCAAUCACCGUAGAUUAUCCGAUUUGAACUGCCACUUGAUUGAGUUGGAUAUGGGUUUCAAUUUGUUCACCAAUAAUUCACCCAAUCUGCUAUGGAUUAUCCAAUCCAAUUUGCUUUGCUAUUUCUAGAUGAGAUCAAGAUGUCCAAAAAAGCCAUAAAGACAAAAAUAACUUGAUAUAAAACAUGGGGGACAAAUAAAAACAUAAAAAACUUUGAAAAGUAUAAAGGGACUAGAAAAGAUGCAAAAACAAAAGUUAUUAAACUAAACAUAAAGCACAUAAUAAUUUAUAUACUUAUAUAGAGGAAAGUGACAUAUUUAAGCUUGCUAGAGUCAGAGAAAGAAAGAGUAAAAACCUAUGUCAUGUAAAACGUAUAAAAAAAAAUGAAGAUUAUCGUGCCUUAGUUAAAGAAGACAACAUAAAAGAAAGAUGACAAAGUUAAACUCUAAUGAAAACCAAGUAGAAGGCUUAAACUUAUAAUUGACAAAUGAGGAAAAGGCUAAAAGUUGAGAUUUAUUCACUAAAUAGAGUUAAUAAAGUUUGCAUUUAACGAGGAUGAAAAUGGAAAAACGACAUUCAAAAAAAUUGAAAUUUGGAAAUGCCUAGGUGAUAACAAAAUUAUAUAGUUAUCUAAUUUAUUUAAUACAAUUGUAAAAAUUUAGAAAAUGUUAGACGAAUGGAAGAAAAACACUUUAAUACCUGUACACAAAAAUAAAGUACAUAUAAUAUUGUAAUGACUUUUGUCGAAUUAAACUUAUGAGUCAUGCAACGAAACUGUGGAAGGGUAAUUGAACAAAGCUUAGGUGGGAAACGAGGGUCGUCUUAGAAAAAUCAAUUUGGUUUUAAGCCUGGGAGAUCGACUACAUAAGCUAUAUAUAUUUUUGGAAGAUUAAUUGAAAAGUUUAGGGAUAAUAAGAGGGACUUGUGUAUGAUUUUUUUGACUUAGAGAGCUUAUGUCAGGAUACAUAGGGAAGUUCUAUGGUAGCUAGAGUAUGUAGUUUGUAUACUGAUAUCAUUAAGGAUAUGUAAUAACUAGCAUUAGGAUUGCAGGUUUAUUGUUUAGAGAAUUUCCAAUCAAAAUUAAUAUACAUCAAGGAUCUUCUUUGAGCUCUUAUCCUUUUUGCAUUAGUGGUGGUUGAACUCAGUGGGAAUAGCUAAAAUGAGGUUCAAUAGCGUAUGUUAUUUGCAGAUGAUAGAGUCUUGAUAGAUGAAACUAGGAGUAGAGUAGAAUCUAAAUUAGAAUUAUCGAUAGAAGUUUUAGAAUUUAGAAGUUUUAGAAUAAGUAGAAAUAAGACUGAAUAUACAACAACAACAACAACAAAACCAAGCCUUAAGUCCCACUAGGUGGGGUCGGCCAUAUGAAUCAUUUUCCGCCAAUUUAUACGAUCAUGGACCAUUUUUUUUGACAGAAUCAGGGAUACUAAAACCUUACUAUCUCUUUCCAAGUUAUUUAGGUCUAUCCCUAUCCCUUGUAUUGCCCCCCACAGUAACUAAUUCACUCUUCCUCACUGGCGCAUUAUGUGGCCUACGUUGCAAGUGUUCAUACCAUCUAAAUCGUCCCUCCCUUAUCUUAUCUUCUAUAGGAGUUACACCCAACUUACCGCAAAUAUCUUCAUUCCUUAAUUUAUCAUGGUAGUUAGCAAUAUUAGAGAUAGGAUUAAAAACUCGAUUGUCAAGAAAUUAAUAGCACCAGUAAAUUUUGAUACCUUGGAUCUAUUAUGCAAGUUGAAGGAGAAAUCAAAGAAGAUAUAAUACAUAGAAUUAAAGCAUGUUGUGUAAAAUAGAGAAGUGCUUUGAUUGUGUUCUAGGAUCGUAGAAUACUCAUAAAAUUAAAAGAGAAGUUUUAUAUGAAGUCUGUAAGACUAUGCCAUAUGAAUCAUAAAGUGGGCAAUAAAGAAAUAACAUAUCCAAAAAGUAAACAUUGUCGAAACGAGAAUUUUCGAAAUGAGAAUGCUAGGGUGGGUGAGUGGCUUAAUGUUAAAGAUAAAUUAAGAAUUGAAUAUAUUUGUAGUAAGUUAGGCUAGCACCCGAUAAGAUAAGGGAGGUUUGGACACCUAAAAUGUAGACCAAAUACUGCACUAGUGAGGAGUGUGCUAGUCACUGUUAGUGGCAGUAAAAGGGGUAGGGGUGAACCUAAAAUAACUUGAAAUGAGAUAAUGAACAAGGAUUUAAUAUCCCUUAAAUUGCUGGAGGAAAUUGCUUGUUACGGUGUAAAUUGACAGAAAAAAGUUCAUGUAGCCAACCUCACCUUAGUGGGAUUUAAGGCUUGGUUUGAUUUAAUGGGUAGAUUUGUGCAGGAAUAUUCCUCUUUGAAAUAUAUGUUUAGGUCAUACACUAGCACAACAAUGGCAUAUUGUACUAUUGUCUUCAUUUUCCUAAUCUUACACCUGAUUUUUUUGUCUGCCCUUGAGUUGAACAUAUGGAGAAGUCACUAUAUACCAGACUUAAUCUAGGACCAAUCUUUACUAGAAUCUACAGGGUAUAAUCGUCAAAGCCUUUUGCUAUCUAUUUCAGAUCUGCUGAGAGAUUUUGUUACCAUGGUACUCUUUUCCACUCUUUUAUUUUUAUUUUUAUUUUUAUUUAUUUUAUUUUAUUUUUGGUUGGGGGAAUAAACUUGUUACCAUGCUAUCUUUUUUUGGUCAUUCUUGUACAAAUAUGUGGGAGGUCAUAUUGGGUGCAGAUUUUGUUUACAAACAAGUCAUAGAUUGGGAAUGACACUACGAGGAAAAAUGAAAAACAGAAAUUUCUUUUUAGCUUGGUUCACCCAAUGCCUACUAUUGUAUUCUUUGUUUACAAAUCCCUCUUGUUUUGCUAAGGAUGUGCAAGGUCUGAACUCUUUUGUUUUCCUCAUGGAUAAUCUGAACUAUAAAUUAAAAAGUAACCUUUUUUAUGUACAUAAAUAUCUGUUAUGCAGUUGAUUAGUGUUCAAAACCACAAAGUUAAAUGGUCUUAAAUAUUUUACUGGUGGAAACAAGUAGUUAGUUCAGAUUGCAGCAGCAGCAGCAUAGCAUUUUUGGUCAGAGAUUUCAGUUAUUGCAGAAAUGCAAAUGCUCCCAUGAUUUAUAGAAUCUUCUUGCUGAAUUGAUAAUGGAGUUCUUUCAGUUCUAUGAUGCAUGUGGUGUCCAGCAAUUAUACAAGUUGUUAUCAUAUAUUGCAUUCUUUCUUAAUGAUCUGUGGAAAUUGGAAUUAGCUUAAAGAUAUCUUUGCGCCCGUUGCAUCUUUACAUUUUUCAACUGCAUAUAAAGCUCUUCAACCCUUCAAAAUAUGGAUUAUUUUAUUUUUAUUUUUCUUUUAUGUAUACUCUCAUCUUGAAAUCUACCUUUCUCUCGCUCAAUUAUCAGUUUAUGCUAUCUAUAUUAAUGUGUACCUGAAAUCGAAUUUGUUGUAUACUAGUAACAUCAU